AGGGCUUGUCUUUCGGCGCCCUUCUUCGACAAACGAUGACGUCACUUAUCGAGUCUAUCCCAUCAUCGGCCGACUUCCACCCUUCACAUUCCUGCUGCCGACUCUGAUCGACGCGAAACACAACAGGCGCAGCCAUGUCUGACUUCUCGGAAGACCAAAUCCUUGAGUACAAAGAGGCGUUCCUGCUCUUCGACCGUACGGGCGAUGGGAAGAUCAGCUUCAGCCAGUGCGGGGACGUGAUGCGGGCCUUGGGCCAGAACCCCGUCAACGCCGACGUGCUCAAGGUCCUGGGGAACCCCAAAGCCGAGGAGAUGAACAUGAAGAUGCUGGACUUCGAGCAGUUCCUGCCCAUGCUACAGACCAUCGCUAAGAACAAGGAGCAGGGCUCAUUUGAGGACUUUGUGGAGGGCCUGCGCGUCUUCGACAAGGAGGGCAACGGCACGGUCAUGGGCGCCGAGCUGCGCCACGUCCUCACCACGCUGGGUGAGAAGAUGACAGAGGAAGAGGUAGAGACACUUUUGGCGGGACACGAGGACGCAAACGGGUGCAUCAAUUAUGAAGCCUUUGUUCGCCACAUCAUGGCAGGCUGAGCGUCGAACUUGUCCGGAUGGUCAUGAGUGGGUGAAGAUAGAGAACAUACCGGAAUUUUUUAAAAUCAUUUUUGUUUGUUUUUCUGUUACACGUUUCCACCCCCCUAUAAUUUUGUGUGUAUUCUCACCCCCCCCCCCCCUCAAUUACGGUUUUAUUUUCGGAAGUGCCUUUCCUUUAUCUGCUUAUGUAGAAGUCUCCACGGACCUCCUGCCCCCCACCCCCAUUCCACAAAACCACGAACAUGCAUGAACCGAAAACUCCGAUGGGGAUAACAAUCUGCAAUAAAACCUCCCUAGUUCCUGCGUCCCCAUCCCAAUGCACCGCUGUAGGCAAUACUAGCUCAUCUGUCCAGCAGAUGGCGCUGCUGCAGGGGUAGGGUGGCGGUGGCGGGGGGUGUGGGGUGAAACCUGUAAAGAACGGCACUGCGAUUGGCCGAGACUAGAUCCGGCUGAAAUCGAUCUCUUAUAGAGCUUUUGUAAGCGGUCAGCGUCCAGGCCAAUUAGUAUGGCGGUCAAAUUUGUUGCGAAAUUUUUUUUUUCCAUUUAUUUUUCUGUCAUAACUAUUACUUGUGCUUCAUUUGCAUAGUUCAGAAAUAAUAAAUGUCCCCAGUUUCUGAAAGUGACCAAACGGUCGUCCAUUUAUUUGUGCUUCAGUUACUUGUCAUUUAUGCUUAUAAUUUUUAAGUGUAUAAUGCAUAAAAUAAAGUGUUGGGCAGCA